UGACUGUGAGCAACCUAUGAUUCGGACCUUACUACUAUAAGGCACUGGUAUUUUGUCAGAGUGGAAAAUGUCGGCAGAAGCAGGGGCGACUGUAGAGCAAAACCACAGCUAUGACAUGAGCUGCAUCUUCUGCAGAAUCGCUAACAAGCAGGAGAGCGGUGCUGAGCUGUUGCACUCAGACGAUGAUCUAGUCUGCUUUAAAGAUAUAAGGCCUGCAGUAACUCAUCACUAUCUGGUGGUACCUAAGAAGCAUGUGGGCACCUGCAAGACACUUACUAAAGACCAUGUGCAGCUUAUUAAAACUAUGAUGGAAGUUGGAAAAAGCACACUUCAGAAGAAUAAUGUUACAGAUUUAGAGGACAUAAGAUUGGGAUUUCACUAUCCUCCUUUUUGCUCAAUCUCUCACUUACAUCUUCAUGUACUGGCUCCAGCAAGCCAGCUUGGAUUUCUCUCUAGAAUGAUUUACAGAGUCAAUUCCUACUGGUUUAUCACAGCUGAUGAGCUGAUUGAUCAACUUCAGGCAAGUUGAAAUGGUACAUUCUACAUUCUGGAAAACCUAUAGAGAAUCUGAUACCAAUUUACCUACACAGCUAGAAGGCAACCCAAAGUCCUGUGAAUGAAUUAAAUGUGUUUGUAAUUAGAGAUCAUUACCCAGAAAUAGCUACAGUUUGCAGUGUAUUCCCUAAGCAUACCUAUAAUUUUGCACUUCCUGCUAUAUUAUAACAGGGAUUUUCAUGUAUUUGUGGGUUAGGACAAAUAGCUAUCUCAAUAAUGCCAGUUAAAAGAAAAGUUUUCACCUGUAACUUUUAGUAUGCAAAUGAUGGCCCAUGUAACUUUUCAGUUGGUUUUGAUUUUUCUGAAGGAUUUAAUUUAAUUGAAUUAUUAGAUUUUCAUCUAAUGCAAUGUGUUCAUCCUUGGCAUUUGCUGCUCCUUGGCAGUGUUCUUGCACACGGGAGGGAGUACUAGUUGCAUGAUGCUAUUAAGGAUGUGUAUAGGGUCCCUUAUAAUAGCAGUCAUUACUGUUUUGCUGACAGGCCUAUAAAAAUAUGCAAUCACAGAUUGCCUAGUGAACAACAAAUAGAAUGCAAACAUGUAGUUAAGCCAUAGGAAAUUUAUUUGUGGAUAUAAGGUCCCUUUAUAAGGUAAUGCUAAUAAAUCAGGCAAUAGAAGCUGAAACAUCAUCUAGAAAGUAGAGUAAUAGCUUAAAGGAGAAGGAAAGGUAAAAAGAAGUCUAUGUAAAUACAGCCAUAAGCACUCACAGAAAAGCUGCACUGAGUGCUCUAUCAAAGAAAACACGUUCUUCAGUAUCAGACUUCCUCUCUCAGAAAAAUCCUUAAUUCCAGGGCCUGAAUCUGUGCAGCUCUCUCCAUUCUCCUGCUCCCCCCUCCCAUAAUAAUUCACUCCCUCUCCCAUCAGAAUGAUCUGAGCUACCAGCCCCCAGAGCUGCAACAGGAAAGCUACUGAGACCCAACUAAAAUGGCAGCAGCUAUCUUAAACAAAUGGAGGGAGCUUCUAGGGCUGUUUACUCAGGUAUGGUAAAGCUUUCUGCAGAAUAAAUAUAGCGUUCUAGCUUGCACUAAUGUGAGUAAUCUUUUGGCAGUAUAAUGCCAAAGUGACUUUCCUUCUCCCUUAAAACUGUGUUUUUAACAUAAUGAGGAAAAUGAACUUCCACAGAAUACUCAAUAGAAUAUCAGUGCAAGUGCUUGGGAACAGUUGAAAGUAUUAACUACUAACACACCACCAACCCUCUCAGUCUGAAACUGUUAUUAUAUAGUGAUAGGCUUUUGCCUGGGAUCCAAUUGCAUUUUUGCCUUUUACCUCAUUGUAAAAAAUUAAACUAAUUUAU